CUCUUUGUUAGUGAGUGAGCCAAGCAAUAGGCGUGGUGUCUCAUAUAUUUUUAGCUUUUAUAGCUGUAUUUUCAAAACACACGUAAUUAAUUCAACUUUAUUCAAGAUGGGGGUGGCAAUAAGUUGUAUGUCUAAUAUUAUGUACUUAUCUGAAAAAAUAAUACUAUAUUCCACAUGUGUGGGAUUGGUUACAUCCGUGGUACUAAUGUUCGUGGUAACAUUGGGUAUGGGUAUCGGCCUCGGAUACAACUAUUGCUUCGUCGAUAUGAAAACUAAAUAUAAAUAUGUACCUGGUCAUUACGUUUACCCCCACAAUCUUCGCUAUCCCUACUAUCGUAGAGCUGGAGAUCAAGGACAACAAAAUCAAGGGGACCAAAAUCAAGCACUACAAGAGGACGCUACUUUAGAUAGGGCUGCAGAAGAACAAAAAGAAAUUGACGAACUAAGGAAUGGACCAGUUACCCCACCAUUUUAUACCCCGGUUGAUAGACGUGCUGAAAUGAUGAAAAAACUUGGUUUAAUUAGUAGAGACUACUCUAUUUUCCCAAACAGUACAACGGAAGCGUAUGAUUUUGAUAAUGAAGAGGAUGUUACUAAUACUACAGUGGUAGAGGUUGAUAUUGGAACACAGUCUGAUAAUAUUACUGCUGCUACUGAAGGUACUGAAACUACUGAGACUAUCACAACUACUGAAACUAUUGAGACUGACGAGACUACUGAGACAUUUGAAGCCACAGAUACAACUGAGGCUACUGACAGUAAAACUGACGAUAUGUACAGUGUAGAAGAUCCCACACAGGAACCUGCUUUUCCAGAUGAGAAAAGAAGAGUUAAAAAGCUAGUGAUUCCUAUCAGCGGUUUGGACCUAGUAAGUCUUCUAUCGAAACUGAGUGCUGAAAAAAAUAACCAUUCCCUUCAGAUUGUAACAACUUGA